UAUCAAAAAUUGAAGAAACAAUCAAAGAAAAAGUUUAUAGUGUUCUAAAAAGUGAUUUUCAAUGUCCAAUUUGUAAUGAAUUAAUGGUUAAGGCGUGUGCAAUUAAUUGCAGCCAUACAUUUUGUGAAAUUUGUUUAAAUACUUGGUUGAAAAAAAGUAAAGUGUGUCCUCUUUGUCGAACUUUAGUUCAAACCAAAACUCUUUGUCUAUCUCUGGAUAACUUUAUUACUAAUAUUUGUAAUCUUCUUGGGAAUGCAAUAAAAGAACAUCGGGAAAAAGUACAACAAGAAAAAUUGACAGUUAAUGUCACACGAGUAAAGUAUGCACUACCUACUGCUAGAAGAGGUGGUAGAAGAAGAGGUAUAACUCAACGUCGAAAUACACAACCUGCACAUGUUCAAUAAGAAAUAGUGCAAAGAAUUUAUGAAGUUAUGUAUUGAUAAAUACCUGAAUUUUUGACUAAUGUAAUACAUUUUAAACUUUCCAAAAGAAAAAUUACUUUUUAUUCUUUCAUAUUUAAAUUAAAUCGGACGUCCGCAAAAUACAAAUGUAAUGACAUUGAACAAUAAAAUAAUUUUACUUACAAUGAGAAGAUAUACUCCAACCAAGUCAAUCCACGGAUUCAACGAUUCGACGCACAGUGGGGCAACGAGCUUCAAAAGUUGGCAUUAAAUCAUGGAGCAAAAAAAUAUAUUCUUAAAAUUAAUAUUAUUUUUAUUUUUGUCCAUCAGAUAUAUAAAAAGUCAUUUACAUAAUAUUAACAUAGGUAUUUAUUUAUUUUAAAGACAUUUUGGCAGAAAUAGCUAUUCAAUUUAUUAAUAAAAGAAAAAUGUAUUAUUUUAAGUUUAAAAUUAGUCAUGGUUAUCAUCAUCAUAAUCAUUGUUAUCAUCAUCAUCAUCAUCUUUGACAUAUUGAAGAGAGACCCGGACAUCUGGUGAUUUUAGUAAUGCAAGUGCUUCAAUUGGCAUUAAUUGUGUUUUUUUCUUUUACUUAAAAUUACUGGAUCUGAACUUAAUAAAAACAAAUUUAAUAUA